UGUGCGAAACUCCGUUCCAACACCCCCUCCUCCUCCUCCUCCUCCUCCAUUCCAACACCUUCUCCUCCCCCCUCCUUCAUCCUCCUUCAUCCCUCACAGAUUCCCCCAUUUUUUCUCUAGCUUUCCUGCAAAACUCCGUCAUUUCCGUGGUUUUUCAACUUGCAUCGUCGUAAAAUAGGUAUGUUCCCUUGUAUCAAAAUCCCUCGUUCGCUCGAUAUCUAGGGUUUCGUAUGAGCUUUAAUUUAAAACCGUACGAUGAUUUCAGCGAUGCGCGACAAGGGUUUGGAGUUGGAUCGAAACUCCGAUUCGAUCCCAGACGUACCUCUAGGAAAAGCUAGGGUUUCGGCUGACGUCGGCUCCGAUAGUGACGCUAGUGGUGCGGAGGUCGGGGUUUUAGAGGAGCUCGAGAGUAAUCGAGCUUAUGAUAGUGAUUUUGGUUCUAGGGUUUCGGUUGCGGAGGGCAGAGUUUCGGUGGGUGGUGAAUCUGAAAGACAUAGGGUUUUGGAGGGUGAUGAGAGAAGGGAUUCUGAUUUUCGAAACGAUGAUUUGGGACGGGUGGUGGAUGACCGUAGACGGGGGGAGAAGGGAAGAGCGCUGGAGUCACGGUGGUCUAGGGUGGGGAGUGAUGAGUUCGAUACCAAGGAAAAGGGUGUUGGUUCGAGAGCAAGUGUCCGCAAGUCGAAUGUUUCAACGUUUGAUGAUUUCGUGGCUAAUGGGAAGGGCGAGGUGACGGGGGUUGGGCUGUCGACCUCUGUGGGUUAUGGUUAUGAAAUAGGGGAUAUGAUUUGGGGGAAGGUGAAAUCACACCCGUGGUGGCCGGGUGUUAUUUAUAAUGAGUCAUUUGCAUCGCCUUCAGUUCGUCGGACAAAGAGUGAAGGUCAUGUGUUGGUUGCUUUCUUUGGUGACAGUAGCUAUGGAUGGUUUGAGCCAGAAGAGCUCAUUCCAUUUGAAAGUAAUUACUCUGAGAAGUCGAGGCAAACGAAUUCGAGAACUUUUGUUAAGGCUGUGGAAGAUGCAGUUGAUGAGGUUAACCGGAGAAGUGGUCUGGGUUUGGCUUGCCGCUGCAGGAACCCAUAUAAUUUUAGGCCGGGUAAUGCUCAAGGAUACUAUGCUGUUGAUUUGAAUGAUUAUGAGACUGGAGCGGUUUACUCCGUCAGUCAGAUUAGGAAAGCCAGAGAGAGUUUUCAGCCGAGAGAUACUGUUGCUUUUAUCAAGCAGUUGGCAUUGAUUGCUAGAGAUGAGGUGUAUACCAGUAUUUAUUUUGUCAAGAAUAAGGCUACUGCUUUGGCUUAUCGAAAAGCAGUGUUCGAGGAGUUUGAUGAGACCUAUGCUCAAGCAUUUGGUCAGCAGCCGGUGCGUCCUUCCCGUGAAUCAUUGGCAGCAGUUGCUCAGCCUGUUAGGGCUCCAUUGAGUGGGCCAAUGGUGAUGGCAGAGGCCUUGGGUAAGCGGAGAAAGAACUCUACAAAACCCAGUAAAUUGAAAGAGCAUGAAAAUAAAGAGAAAUACCUCUUUAAAAGGAGAGACGAACCAAGUGAGGUGAAAAUCCACCAAAAGGGGCAAGGAGCAUUCUCUAGGCAAGUAGAGGGGUCUGCAGCUAGUAUGGUUGAGCCCCCUUUUACCUUUGCUGAGACUUCUUCAUGGGGGCAGGCUUCAAAUUCUUCUUUUGAUAAUGGGAAGGGUGCUCUGCUGGAAUCAAAAGGUGGUGAUGGGACAAUGAACUUGAAACAUGAUCGUCAAAGGGCAACUACAUCGGGGUUAGAUGAAGACUUCCAUCAACCUCCAAGUCUACCAGAUACAAAUGACGAAGGAAAACGUGUUUCACGGGAGAUUGAUCCGAAGCUUCAUGGUCAGGAUCCAAGAGCGCAUAUCGUCACUGGGAAAAAGAAGGCCAAGCUUCUUAAACGUCCUGUUGGGGAACUGGGUGUUGAGAAAUCUGCCUCAGGAGAAAAGAAGAAGAGAAAGAUAGAAAUUGGUAUCAAAACAUCCUCUGAUCUGGGUGUUGAGAAAUCUGCCCCAGGGGAAAAGAAGAAAAAACAGAAGAAAAAGAUAGAAUUUGGUAGCGAAACAUCCUCUGAUCUGGGUGUUGAGAAAUCUGCCCCAGGGGAAGAGAAGAAGAAAAAGAAGCAAGAGAUGGAGUUUUGUGUCGAGAGGUCCUCUGAUCUCAUGCAGAAUCAAUCUGCUACUGGGAAAAGUGGGACAAUUAGUUCAUUGUUGCCUGAUUCUAUUGGGAAGCGGUCAACAUUUGGCAUGGGUGAUACUGAUCUCAAGCUUCCACAGUUACUGGGUGAUUUGCAAGCUCUGGCCCUCAAUCCCUUCCAUGGGGUGGAUAUGAGUAUUUCUCCAACUGUACAGAAGGCCUUUUUGAAAUUCCGGUCGAUUGUUUACGAGAAAAGCUUUUCCCCAGCUGAGACUGAGGCAAACGAAGUUCAUGCCUCGAAAUCGGCAGCUGGCAGUUCUGGGGCUUUUGAAGUUCCAUCCCGAGGGAUUAAAGAGCUGCCAUCUCCAAAACACCCGAAGCCUCUAAUCAGGCCUGAUGACCCGACAAAAGGCGGCCGGAAACGUGGCCCGUCUGAUCGUCAAGAGGAAAUGGCCUCAAAAAGGAUGAAGAAAGUAGAGGAGUUGAAGUCUCUGGCUGUUGAAAAGAAGGCUGCUCAAAUACCCCUAGAAAUCCAUAGAGAUGGAAAAGAAGCAGUGGCUAUUAGACCGCCGAAACUAUUGAAACCAGAUUCUAUCAAGAAAACAACCGAGUCCCCAUCAAAGGCACGUGUACCUACAAUGUUGGUUAUGAAGUUUCCUCCCAAUACAAACCUCCCAUCCGGAUCUGAGCUUAAGGCUAGGCUAGCUCGUUUUGGUCCGUUGGAUCAUUCGGCCACCCGGGUUUUCUGGCAGUCUUUCACAUGCCGUGUUGUCUUUCUUUAUAGAGCUGAUGCUGAGGCUGCACACAAGCAUCUUUCCGGAAGUAAUUCCUUGUUUGGCAAUGUGAAUGUGAAAUCCAGCAUCCGGACAACGGGAGCAAUGGGACCCGAUUCGGAAGGCAAAGCUCAAAGAGAAGAUGCAGUCGAACAAAAGCCUCCGAAGCCGCAGCCGGUGGUUCAGCUCAAGUCAUGUCUGAAGAAGGCGGCGGGCGAGGAGGCGGCGGGGGCAGUCACCACCGGUGGCGGCAGCAAUGGUAAUGGUAGCAGUAGAGGGACCCCUCGUGUAAAAUUUGUGUUGGAGGGUGGAGAGAGUAGUGGCGGUGGGGGUGGUGAGCAAUUGAUAGUUGGUACUAAUAAGAACAACUACUUCAACAAUACAACUAGUUUUGCUGAUGUUGGUGGUAAAUCUUCUUCUUCUUCAUCAUCAUCAUCUCAUGGAAUGGAAUUUAAUACUAGGAAUUUUCAAAAGGGCAUUCUACCUCUUCCUCCUGCUACAGCAAAACUUCCAAACACUUCAAAUAAUAUGGGCUAUGGUGAAGUAGAACCUAGAAAUACUCACAAUUUUAGUGCCAAUAUGGCUCGGGCUGGGCCAAGCCCAACAAACAUAGACAUUGCCCAACAAAUGCUCGUGCCCCCAACAAAAAUAGACAUUGCUCAACAGAUGCUCGGCCUUCUCACCAAGUGUAAUGAUCUAGUAACCAACGUGAGUAGCUUUCUGGGUUAUGUACCCUAUCAUCCCCUCUGAUGAGAAAAUUUGCAAGAAUUCGAUGGGGGAGAAAUCAGUUGGGCCGGGGUGGGCUGAUUAUCGGGCGAAGUCGUAUUGCUUUCCUAUCUUGGGGGAAGAAUUCACCGCAAAACAAAGGCGCCGUGGUCCUGCCGUGGUCGAAGGGGUUUAUUGUGAGAACCAAAGAAAUUGAAACAAAUGAAUGAUUUGUACUCAAUAUCGUGUAUACCGAAGUGAUGAUAGUGAUAAAAGUUCCUUCAUUUCAUGUUUUUUUUUUUUCUAGCGUUUUAUUUAGAAGUUUAUGUCGUAAGCUUGUUAGAGUCCUUUACAUGACAUUUAUGUUGUUUAGCGUUUGUUAUGUUUUGGAAUAAUGUCAUUGAACUA